UACAGCGCCCAUACCGUCAUCAUUCCGUAGUUUAGCACGACCGCGCGGAGAGGUGUGAGCGAUAGCGACUGUAGAAACAGAGUAGCUGAGUGUUUGUCUGGGGUUAGUUAGCUAACUGCAGUUUAAGCAUUAGUCUAGCGUCAUCAUGGCUGAUAAGAUGGAUAUGUCUUUGGACGACAUCAUCAAACAAAACAGGCAGCAACGUGGGGGUGGAGGAGGCCGCGGAGGUAGAGGGGGCCGCGGCCGGGGAGGUUCGGGCGCGGGACGUGGUGGCGGCGUCGGUCGACUCGGAGGCGCCGGCGGAGGCUUUGGGGGCCGAGGCGGAGGAUCAGGCCCUAUGCGGAAUCGACAGAACCUGAUCCGGGGCAGAAGCAGACCAACGCCGUACAGCAGGCCAAAACAACUCCCGGACAAGUGGCAGCACGACCUGUUCGACAGUGGCUUCAACACCGGCGCGGCGGGUGGUGGCGCAGGUGUGGAGACGGGGGGAAAGCUCCUCGUCUCCAACCUCGACUUUGGCGUCUCGGAUGCAGACAUCCAGGAGUUGUUUGCAGAGUUUGGCACUUUGAAGAAGGCAGCGGUGCACUAUGACCGGUCGGGCCGCAGCUUGGGCACCGCAGACGUCCACUUUGAGAGGAAGGCGGACGCGCUGAAGGCCAUGAAGCAGUACAACGGCGUCCCGCUUGACGGGCGACCGAUGAACAUUCAGCUGGUCACGUCGCAGAUUGACACACAGAGGCGGCCUCCGAUGCAGGGUCUGAAUCGAGGGGGUGUGGGCAUGAACCGGAUCCGUGGAGGCGGAUUCACCGGGAUGCAGAGACGGGGUCGUGGAGGUGGGACCAGGGGCAGAGGAAGGGGCGGCAGGAGCAGCAACAAACAGCAGCUCUCGGCCGAGGAGCUGGACGCCCAGUUAGAUGCCUACAAUGCCAGGAUGGACACCAGCUAAGAGCCCUGUCUCCAACCGCUUUUCUCCUUGGCUGCCAUGGGAGGGGGGGGUCAUGAGUCUGCUGGACAGUGGACGGGGUUUUUACUCUGCAGUCUUCGGAGUGUUUUAAAUUCAUGUAACAUUCUUUUUUUUUCUCCUUUUAAAUGCUCUGACGUUUUUGUACGGAAUUUUUUUGGAAAAAAAUGUAUUGGUUGUCUGACUGUAGGAUGGAGGGGAUGGUUGUGUUGCUUUGCCUUUCCUCCUGUAGAUUCUUGUAAUAAACCUGCAGUAUACAUUAACCACA